CUGCCGAUAACAUAACCCUGUUCUAUGAACAAAAAAUGGGUAUCCGGAAAAUGCAAUCUGUGUACUCUUGAAAACUGCAACGGAUACUGCAGGAAAUUACACAAUCCAUAGCAUUUCCGUAACUGGGAGCUCAAUGCACCUUAAUUACUACGUAUACGAGCUUCUUUGAAAUAUUCACCUAGAGAAAUUUCAAACAUUUACGAAAAUAUUGCACUUGUACACUCGUACAGAUACAUACAUAGUAAAGUUGCGUCACGCGACCGCGGGCUUUCAAUCGUGAAAAAUAAAGAUUUAAGAGGGACUAUACCAAAUACAUUUAUAAGAAUGAAUCCUAUGAUCACUUUCCUUCCUGGAUAUUUAUUUAUACCCCUAAUCCUUUUUGGAAGUACGGCACACAGUGAUUCGUAUGCUGUGAAUAAGAGCAGAACUGUCGAGAGCAAUGAAUGGAGCUAUCCCGACUUUGGAAAGGAAUCUAUUCCAAACACGGGACGAAGACCUGAAAAAUUGACGAUACAACAUUAUAGUCGAGAGGCUGAUCGAAACGUGACAUUAAAACGUGGCUUGAGAAGCUAUCAAAAACCGGCCGAAAAAAUAACGAGACAUAAAAGCAAGUACAAGCCGUCAAAUGCUCUUAGGAAGAUUGUCAGUCCCCAUUACACGGACGACAGUUCGGAAAGUAAGCAUUACCACACGUUCGAAGAGAUCCAUGAGCACAUAGAUGAGGAUGAUGGACAGUACCAAGCGUCUGAGCAGAUCGGAACACAAUCCAUACUACAUGAACACGUGGAGCAGCACGCAAGUAAGAAGGACAGCAAGCGGAUGAAGGUUAAGAUCAAGCACCAUCAUCAUCACCAUCACCACAACCACAUUAAGGAAAUGAUAAAAACCGUUCCCCAGCCCUAUCCCGUGGAAAAGGUUGUGCACGUCCCCGUUGAGAAAAUUGUGGAGAAGAUCGUGCACGUGCCCAAGCUGGUAAACGUUACGGUUGAGAAAAUCAUACACGUGCCAAUCGAGAAGAUUGUGGAGAAAGUGAUACACAUCCCCAAGCCCGUCCAAGUCCCAAAACCAUAUGUGGUUGAAAAAAUCGUGGAGAAAAUAGUGCAUGUCCCGAAACCGUAUCCAGUUGUUAGGACUGUGCCCUAUCCAGUGGAAAUCAAAGUGCCGCAGAAGGUGCCCGUUCCCUACAAGGUGGAGGUUGAAAGGAAGGUUCCCGUCUACAUCCGGUCGAGCGAGCCCUACAAAUUCGAACCAUCGCCUUUCGAAAGCUAUCCCCAUGCUGAGGAGUUCAAAUUCAGUGGGGAAGUGAGUCAUCCGCCGCCCAGAGAACACAGGGAACACGAGCCUUCUUCUCUGCCAUCUUCAACCUACUAUAACAGGGUGUACAAGUCAAGGGAACUAGACCAUCCUCCGAGGCUAGAAGACUAUCAAAAUGCACCACCGCCGCAGUAUAACCACGAAUAUGUAACGAAGAGUAGCCCUGAACCGCAUUAUAGUCACGAAUACGUAACAAAAGGUAGUUCUGAGCCGCAGUUUAAGCACGAAUACAUAGCCAAGGGUAGUAUAGAAGCAACUUCUCCUGGACGAGAAGCGGUUUCCCUCAAGCUUGUGGGUCCCACUGCCCAUUUCAAUAUAACGGGGAAGGAUUUGGAGACCGCCAACUCAGCUCCAGAGUUUGUUAAUAGCUCAAACGUAGACCUAAGUCCGCAGGAAUCGGCUAAUGCCUUCCGAGGGCUCCCUUUCUCCAUGCCGUUUCAUUUCGUUCAGCUGCAGCCGAUGGCCUUUCAAAACGCUAUAAACAUGGAGCUGCCAGUUCCAUCCACGGCAGCUGAGGGAGCUCAAAAGUAAAGUCAGCACACCAGACCUGCCAAAAAUUAAUAUUAAUUUUUCCCAACAUAAAUCUAAGUAACUUCAGCGAACCAAGUUGAACU